AUGCGGUCGCUACAUUUCCCGUUACAAAUAGUUAUUUUCUGAUCGAACUGUCCCUGGUUGUUCUGUUUCAUUCUGGCUGCACGUAUAACGUAUAGAGGGUUGACGUUGGAAAAUUGAACAUUAGAAGCAUUGUAUACGCAUAGAAUAAUGUACUGUAAACAACAUUAGAUAAUUCCAACAUUAUGACUGAACCGGUGAUUCAUGUUGUCCUGAUCACUUUACUCGUGUUUUUAGUGGAAGCUGCUUCAAGACCCAAUAUUGUUGUCAUUGUAGCAGAUGAUUUGGGAUGGAAUGAUGUCAGUUUCCAUGGUUCAGAUCAGAUAUCAACUCCACACCUAGAUGAACUUGCUUAUAAAGGUGUCCUGUUAAAGAAUUAUUAUGUAUCUCCUAUCUGUACUCCAACCAGAGGGGCUUUAAUGUCAGGCAGACACCCCAUCCAUACAGGAUUACAACAUAGUGUUAUUAUGGGGUCAGAACCUUAUGGUUUGCCAUUAAAUGUUUCUAUCAUGCCGGAGUGGUUACAGAAACUAGGAUAUAGGACACAUAUGGUUGGAAAGUGGCAUCUAGGAUUUUUCCGUAAGGAAUAUACUCCCUUGUAUAGAGGAUUUGAAUCUCAUUAUGGAUAUUACCUCGGAUGUGGUGAUUACUAUGAUCACAGCUCAGAAGCAACGCCUGAAUAUUUUGGAUAUGAUUUCUGGAGAAACAAUACAGUAGAUUAUACCUCAAUAGGACAAUACUCAACAGAAAUAUUUACUAAAGAAGCUGUUAACAUAAUCAACAAUCACAAUCCAUCACAGCCUCUGUUCUUGUAUUUACCUUACCAAGCAGUGCACAGUGGUAACCUUCCAGAUGGAAACCCACUACAAGCUCCAAAGAAAUAUAUCAAAAGGUUUCCUAAUAUCAAGAACAUAAAACGGAGGACAUAUGCAGGAAUGGUAUCUGCCUUGGAUGAUGCUGUAGGGACUGUUGUUGAUGCUCUGAAGAUACAAGGUCUCUAUGACAAUUCUGUAAUCCUAUUUACAACAGACAAUGGAGGACCAGCCAAUGGAUUUGAUGGAAAUGCAGCAAAUAAUUUUCCACUCAGGGGAGUGAAGGCCACAUUGUGGGAAGGUGGAGUUAGAGGAACAGGUUUUCUGCAUUCACCAAUCUUACAGAAGCAAGGAUAUAUUGCAGAACAGAUGAUUCAUGUUUGUGAUUGGUUACCAACAUUAUAUAGAGCUGCUGGUGGUAACCCUAAACAAAUGAAAGAUCUGGAUGGAUAUGACCUUUGGGAUAUGUUAUCGAACAAUGGAAAGAGUAUAAGAACAGGAAUGUUACAUAAUAUUGACCCUUAUGAACCUAAAGGGGCACUAAGACAGGGAGAUUAUAAACUUUUAUAUGGAAAAAUUAGUAAGACUUGGGGUGGCUGGUAUCCACCAUGGCAGGUGGAUACAGAUAGUGAAACAUAUCAUUAUGAUAAAAUGGACUCAUAUAAUAUUGAUGAAGUUAUAAAAUAUUUUUCAGUGUCAAACCGAAAUUCAAAGGAAUUUUCCAUGUUUUCUCCAUUAAAGAUUGACUGUGGUCCUGUACCAGCAAAUGCCAGCACAAACUGUGAUCCAGAAAUGAAACCAUGUUUAUAUCACAUUCCGUCUGAUCCUUGUGAAUUUCAUAAUAUUGCAGACCAGCAUCCUGACAUUGUACUAAAUAUGAUGAAUGUCCUCUCUCAUUAUAACUCUACUAUGGUGCCUCCACUUAACAAACGCCAAGACCCUGCAGGGAACCCUAGGAAUAAUAAUGGAGCUUGGGUUCCAUGGAUGAAGUAAUUGAUGAUUGUUUAAGCCUUAUUAUCAAUACAAUCUGUUAUUAUCAUCUGGUAUCUGUCAUUGUUAUAAAUGUUAAAUUUUGUCUCUUCAUGAAUGUAGUUGUAGAUAUUUGCUUUCAAUUCUGUCCGUCUAUACUUUCAAAAUUGGACAAUUCUUUGUUACAUCUAUUCUCAUACACCCAUUGUGAUAUGUCAGUAAUAGUUUACCAAUGACAACAUAUAUCCAAAAUUUUAUCAAGAAUUGCUUGAUUUGUCAUGAAUACAUAUGAUUAUAUU